AUGCCGCCAUCGUCUAAAUCCGCUCAGCACUGGCCAGGAGGAGUACCCUCUUCAAUCCAACCACACCCAGAAACAGACUUGUCUCACGAUUAUGCCAAAGAGGAGGUCAAGGGCUGGCUACUCUUUGUACAAGAGAGUUGGGUUUCUGUAGUAGAUGCAGGCGCUACCUCGGACGUGGGAUAUGAGCUAAAGCACCGGCGGCAACUGGUUGAGAAGUGGGCUUCAGCUACGCAGGAAUUUCGUGCUGUGAAUCCAACUUCUUAA